AUGGCUGUAGAUGCCGUGCCGGAUGACCUCACUCUCCAUGGUGUCUAUUACUGUAUAAGUUUAGGCGGCAUUGGUUUUUAUUUCUGCCUCAUUCCUCUCUGUCUCUGUGACGAAAGUGGCUCAGUCGGGGUGUCUCACUUUCGCAAUCUAGAGUAUCAAGUGAUUUCUCCACUGUGGUCUCUACCUUCUGCCACUUUCUCAGUUUUGUCUGCGGCGAUUGUUGUCUCUGUUUCGGUCAUCACUGCCCCUGUGGUCUCAACCGCAGCUAUUGUGGUUCGUAUCGGUUGGGGCAUAAUUUUGGCCCUGUGGUUGCGUUCUCGAAUGUUCCUUCCUUUUGUACUUGUUGGGUAUUUAUCUCACACAACGUGUACCGAUAGACAAUGA